AUGGCAUCCGCCGGCGCCACAGCUGCAUUCACAGCAGCCGACGCGCAAAAGAAUUUCGAGCAAUCUGUUGUCUUGUCCCUCCACCUCUGGCCCGGUCUGACAGUCGCCGUACAAAACGGAUGGGGAGGUGAAGACUCCUCCGACAAGCGCGACUGGUUUGCCGGUGCCGUCGCCGACUUAUUCGCCCCCUUCGACAAAAUCAUCAACAGUGUCGCAGUACCCCGCGCCGAUUCCGCAGGUACCGCUCCAGAAGAGCCUGACGCGCCAUAUGUCGAAGAGUUUCUUUUGCAGGUGAUGUUGGACGAGUUCGACGUCAACAUCGACGAUGACUCCGCCUACGAUGUUGCGAAGGAGAUUGUGCGGUUGAGGGCCGAAUGUGCGCGCGGCCGCUUUGAUGAUGUCUCUGAGCUGAGGAAUAGAUGGGAGAGUCGGAAGGGGAAGAAAGUCGCUGUUUUGGUACAGGCGGACCCCGAUGCGGAUGAUGACGACGACGAUGAUGACGAAGACGACGAUGACGAUGACGACGACGACGACGAUGAAGACAGGAACGGCCGGGAAAUCAACGACGACAUUGAAAUGGAUAAGGCCCCGCAGCUUGUGUCUGCCCCGAAGGAGAAACCUCCGACAGAGGUGGACGAAGAUGGCUUCACCAAGGUCACAAAGAGGAGAUAG